UUUAUAUGCCUUGAUUACCACUGCCCUAUUCUGCUACCAAAUGAUAUAGUUCUCUCAAGCAUUGUUUUGCUUGCAAUCCAAAUGAAACCUACCGAGCUUGAACCUCUAAGUCUCUGAUUUUUUUGAGUUUACUCCCAAAAAUUUUCCAAGUUUUCGUUGUUUGAUCUUAGCUUAAACAGUGAAAAGAUGAGGGCAGGAGUUUGCAGUGUGCAGCAAACGUUAACAGCUGAGGCUUCGAACAUGGUGAAGCAAUCAGUUGGGCUUGCUAGACGGCGAGGGCACGCCCAAGUCACUCCCCUUCAUGUCGCAAGUGCUUUGCUUGCAUCCGCUAAUGGCCUUCUUCGACGAGCUUGUCUUCAAUCUCACUCUCACCCUCUUCAGUUCAGAGCUCUCGAGCUUUGUUUCAAUGUCGCACUUAAUCGUCUCCCUGCAUUCACUUCUAACCCUUUGUUAGGCCCUCAAAGCCCCCAUCAUCAUCAUCCUUCCCUUUCCAACGCCUUGGUUGCCGCUUUUAAGCGAGCUCAGGCUCAUCAACGCCGAGGAACCAUUGAGAACCAACAACAGCCCAUUUUAGCUCUCAAAAUAGAGUUACAACAUCUCAUAAUCUCCAUUUUAGAUGAUCCUAGUGUCAGUAGGGUAAUGAGGGAAGCUGGUUUCUCCAGCCCACAAGUUAAAACCAAACUAGAACAAACAGUUUCCUUAGAGAUAUGUUCCCAAGUUCCCUCUACUAAGGAAAAUCCCAUUUCCAAGCCCCAAGUUGUUGGUCCUAAUGUGUCAAAUUCUCAGUUCUUGUUUGGGUCUUCAUUAAGCAAACCAGCAGAUCAACAUAGGAACCAAAACAUAUCAAAUGUUUUGAACACAAUUGUGAACAAAAGGAGAAACACAGUGAUUAUAGGGGAGUGUGUAGACAGUGCCGAGAGUGUCGUUAAAGGGGUGAUGGAUAAGUUUGAGAAAGGCCAAGUUUCUGGGGAUUUAAGAUAUCUGCAAUUUAUCAAGCUUCCACUUUUUUCAUUGAGAAAUCUUGCUAAAGAUGAAGUGGAGCAGAAACUUGUAGAGCUUAAGUGCCUAGUGAAGAAUUAUAUAGGAAGAGGGGUUGUUUUAUAUUUGGGUGAUCUCAAAUGGAUUUCAGAGUUUUGGUCUAACAAUGGGGAGCCAAGAAGAAACUAUUAUUGCCCAGUGGAACACAUUAUCAUGGAGAUUAAGAGAUUAGUGUGUGGCAUUAGAGACAGUGGGAAGUUUUUUCUUUUGGGAAUUUCAAGUUUUCAAACUUACAUCAAGUGUAAAACAGGCCAACCUUCUCUUGAGACAAUUUGGGAACUUCAUCCUCUUACAAUUUCAGCUGACAGCAGCUUAAGCCUCUGUCUCAAUCUUGCUGACAGUUUGCCAGUAGAUGAAGCUAUAGGAGUAAAUAAGAACCAGACUCCCUUAACUCAUAGAUUGCUCAACUUUGACAAGGAAGCUGAGCAAAGCACUGCAAGCAGCAGUCUCCGAAAUAAGGAUUUCAUCAGUACUGCAAUCGUCUCUUCUGGUUCAAGUCUGCCUUCAUGGCUCCAAGAAGCCAAAAUAAACCCUCUCCAUCAUAAGGAUUCAGUCAAUAUACGGGAUGUACAGAAAGAGCAUCAGUUUUGGAUAUCCGAAUCCGAACACACAGAUGAAUUAGGCUAUGGAGUCCCAUUGGGAUUUGAUCCUAAACCAGACCUCCUCUCAAACCCCAACUCCAGCCCCAACUCAGCUUCUUCAAGUGAGGCAACUGAGGUUGACAUUGAUGGCCUUAACGAGUUCAAGAUUCGGAAUGCUGAAAACAUGAACAUUCUAUGCAGUGCAUUAGAGAGAAAGGUUCCAUGGCACAAGGAUCUGGUUCCUGAAAUCGUUAGCACCAUACUUGAAUGCAGGUCAGGGACGAGAAAAGUCAAAAGCUGGUUAAACAGGGGAGAAACCAAAGAAGAAACUUGGUUGUUGUUCUUAGGAGCUGACCAUGAAGCCAAGAAGAAGAUUGCCAGAGAGUUGGCUAGAUGCAUUUUCGGUUCUCAAAACAACAUGGUCACCAUCUCUUCCACAUCGAGAACUGCAGAUUUGAUUGAAGAAUCCAACAACAAACGAAAGAGGGAUAAGUGGGGCAGCAACUAUGUUGAGAGAUUGGGUGAGGCAUUGAAUGAGAAUCCUCACAGGGUGCUCUUAAUGGAAGACAUGGAACAGCUUAAUUAUUGUUCCAUGGAAGCCAUGAAACAAGCAAUUGAAAAUGGGAGAAUAAGCAUUUCAGAUGGUGAAACAGUUGGUGUUAAAGAUGCAAUCAUCAUUUUCAGCUGCAAAAGCUUGAAUGCAUUGUCAAGAGGUGGUAGUUCUUCAAGAAAAAGGACAAAGGUUUAUGAAACAGAAGAUGAGAUUAAGGAAACAGAAGAAAUGGAGCACAAAAACUCAUCAAUCUCUCUAGAUUUGAAGAUUGCACUUGAAGAUUAUAGUGCAGGUGAUGAUAUUGGAAUUCGGGAAUAUGUUGAUAAGCUAAUCGUUUUCAGAUCAGUUCAGGAGCUUUGAGGACUAAUUGACAGAUUCCAUAGAUGAGGCAAAUUAUUUUGUUUUCCUUUCUUUCUUUUUUUUGUGGGGAGGGAUAGAACAAGGAAAAAAAUAGAAAAGAAACAAACUAACGUGGGUAUACAGUGAAAGGGGUGGGGGUGGAUUGGAAUGACAAAUUAAGUUAUAAUUAUUGUAUAAUUAUGUAUCUUUGAUGAUGUUAAUAUAUCAAUAUGUACGUUAA